GGAGAAAAACCUAACCCUAAUUCCCAAUUAACAAAACCUUCAUUUGCAUCCUAGUCUCCCACAACACAGCCUCUCCUCAGGUAAAGACAGACGCAUUUAGCAGAUCUCCGUCGAACAUGCCGUUCAAGAGGUACGUGGAAAUCGGGAGGGUGGCCCUCGUCAACUACGGAAAGGACUAUGGAAAGCUUGUCGUCAUCGUUGACGUCAUCGACCAGAACAGGGCUCUUGUAGAUGCCCCCGACAUGGUAAGAAGCCAGAUGAACUUCAAGAGACUUUCUCUUACAGAUAUCAAGAUUGAUAUCAAAAGGGUUCCAAAGAAGAAGACUCUUAUAGCUGCCAUGGAAGCUGCUGAUGUCAAGGGCAAAUGGGAAAAGAGCUCAUGGGGUAGGAAGCUCAUUGUUCAGAAGAGAAGGGCUGCACUCAAUGACUUUGACCGGUUCAAGCUGAUGCUCGCAAAAAUUAAGAAGGCUGGUGUUGUCAGUCAGGAGCUUGCGAAGCUUAAGAAGACCGCAGCUUAAGUACACUUCUGCCGUGUUGUUUUUUCUUUUGAAAGUUGUAUCGGUUUAUUAUCCAGUUUUGUGCUUUGAAUUUUCUUGUUCUUGAGCUCAUUAUAAACAUGAGAGUACUCUAAUGUUACCUAUUUAUUGUUGGAUAGCCUCGGGCACUUUAAUGUUUGGAAAUCUCAAUUACUUGUCCAUGUUUUGAUUGCUA